AUGCCUGACUCUAAGUACACAAUGCAAGGUUAUAACCUUGUUAAGCUAUUAAAAAGGCUAGAAGAAGCCACUGCAAGAUUAGAGGAUGUCACCAUCUAUCAAGAAGGUUAUAUUCAGAAUAAAUUGGAGGCAUCUAAAAAUAACAAGCCUUCCGACUCCGGGGCCGAUGCGAAUACUACGAAUGAACCUUCUGCAGAAAAUGCUCCUGAAGUAGAACAAGAUCCGAAAUGCAUAACUGCGUUCCAAUCUUACAUCGGUGAGAAUAUUGAUCCGCUGGUAGAAUUAUCAGGAAAGAUCGACACGGUGGUCUUAGAUGCUUUGCAGUUGCUAAAGGGAGGCUUUCAAUCGCAAUUGACUUUUUUAAGAGCUGCUGUGAGAUCAAGAAAACCGGAUUAUUCUUCUCAAACUUUCGCUGAUUCUUUAAGACCUAUCAACGAAAAUAUUAUAAAGCUGGGUCAAUUGAAGGAAUCAAACCGUCAAAGCAAAUACUUCGCAUAUUUGAGCGCUUUAUCUGAGGGUGCUCCUUUGUUCUCCUGGGUUGCAGUGGACACUCCCGUGUCUAUGGUCACAGAUUUCAAGGACGCAGCACAGUUUUGGACUAAUAGAAUUUUGAAAGAAUACAGAGAGUCUGAUCCUAAUGCUGUUGAAUGGGUUAAGAAAUUUUUGGCCUCUUUCGAUAAUUUGAAAGCCUACAUUAAAGAGUAUCAUACUACUGGGGUUUCCUGGAAAAAAGACGGUAUGGAUUUUGCUGACGCGAUGGCACAAUCAACGAAGAAUACAGGUGCUACUUCAUCUCCUUCGCCAGCAAGUGCUACAGCGGCUCCAGCACCACCACCUCCUCCACCAGCCCCACCAGCUUCCGUCUUUGAAAUCUCUAAUGAUACACCAGCAACGAGUAGUGAUGCUAACAAAGGCGGUAUUGGCGCGGUCUUCGCCGAACUAAAUCAGGGUGAAAAUAUCACUAAGGGUUUGAAAAAAGUAGACAAAUCCCAACAAACUCACAAAAAUCCUGAAUUACGUCAAUCCUCUACAGUUUCUUCCACAGGAAGUAAAUCCGGUCCACCACCAAGGCCAAAAAAGCCAUCAACAUUGAAAACUAAGAGGCCUCCUAGAAAGGAAUUGGUAGGAAACAAAUGGUUUAUUGAGAAUUACGAAAAUGAAACUGAAUCUCUGGUUAUUGAUGCAAAUAAAGAUGAGUCUAUCUUCAUAGGUAAAUGUUCUCAAGUUCUUGUUCAAAUAAAAGGAAAAGUUAACGCUAUCUCGUUGAGUGAAACUGAGUCAUGCAGUGUUGUUCUUGAUUCUAGCAUUUCCGGUAUGGAUGUCAUCAAAUCCAACAAGUUUGGCAUUCAAGUUAACCAUUCCCUACCUCAAAUCUCCAUUGAUAAAUCUGACGGCGGUAACAUCUAUUUAUCCAAGGAAUCCUUGAAUACUGAAAUCUACACCUCGUGCUCAACUGCUAUUAACGUCAACUUACCAAUCGGCGAGGACGAUGAUUACGUAGAAUUCCCAAUCCCUGAACAGAUGAAGCAUAGCUUCGCUGAUGGUAAGUUCAAAUCUGCUGUUUUCGAACAUGCUGGUUAA